AUACUUGGAUUGAUACUUUUCUGUGCUAUAUCUGUGGGAGCCGUCCCAACAUCAGCACAAAAGUCAUAUUGGGUAACAAAAUGUGGAAAAUUUGAUUGUGAUAUGCAAGACCAUUAUUGCGAGCCACGGGUUGGUCAGUGUGAAAAAUGUAUUGAGGCUUGUAGCGAAAGUAUAAUAGCAGAAAGAGAAUCUUAUAAAAUACAAUGUUAUAGGAUAUGUCCAGUAUUCAUGCGGGACCAGGAGUAUAAGAGAAGAACACCAACAUCUUCGAGCUCGACCACCACCAUAUCUUCGACAAACACUCCUAUAUCUUCGACAAACACUCCAAUAUCUUCAACAAACACUCCUAUAUCUUCGACAAACACUCCAAUAUCUUCAACAAACACUCCUAUAUCUUCGACAAACACUCCUAUAUCUUCAACAAACACUCCUAUAUUUUCGACAAACACUCCUAUAUCUUCGACAAACACUCCUAUAACUACAUCCGCUGCUCUGUCACGUUCAUCUAAGAAUUCAAGUCUGAUUAUUGUAGCAGUUGUUGCAGCUGCUUGUGGCAUGAUAACUACAAUAGCUGUAGUUGUAACCAUACAAAAUAGAUCACAUAUCAUGGACAAAAUAAAAUGCUUAAUGAGCAGAGGAACAAAUGGCAAAGAUGACAAUUUACAAACUGAAGGGCAAGGAGACAUAAGUUAUGACGAGGAGAGUGCCGCAGUGGAACAAGACCCCCUGAUGACUCAAAAUGGGAAUGUGGUGAGGGUACAUGUCCCAACUAUAGACACUUCAACAAUUUGGGAUUCCCACUUAGACAUUUUCAAGGAGACAACAUUGUGAUCAUGAUGACAUCAAUCUCCAUCUAAAAACAGGUAAUCCCACAAUAUAAUGUGGAUAACAAAGGACAAAUGAGCCGAAAAGUACUUCCAAUAUGAUAGGACAAUCUUGUGAUACAACUUCAUUGAAGCACAAUCAAAGGCCAGCCGAUAAAAAUACAAUGAAUUCAAACUCAUAUAAAUUCAACUUCAAAUUGAUCAGAUGAUGUAGUGAUCUACUUACCUAUAAUGAAGUCAGGUGGUGGUCCUGGAUAUUCAUGAUAGGCACAUUUAUGCACCAUAACAUGUAGAUCAACAUCAUCGUACGCUUUGCCAUCUGCGGUGUCGGCAAUAUCUGGUCCUAUCAUGUGGAUCUCAAAGCUCACACCUGGGAUGAGGUAGGCUAACUCCUGGAGAUUAAUAGAGAAUAGUGUGGAACAGGUGAACUAAAAAUGACAUAGUCACUACUACAGAGUUUCUUAAGCAGCUUACAAUGUAUGUGUGAGAUAUUAUACUAGAGAGGUUUCAGUAUACGUUUUCAGCCAAACUUAUACUGCAACUUCAACUUUUAAAAAAUGAUGAAAACCCCACUGGGGAGGAACAUUUUUCGAAGAAAUGAGGAAAGUACUUUCCCUCGUUUCCUAUUUUAGGGAAUUAGUUUGUGUAUAUCCCAGCAAUUACAGUAUUUUAAUUUCAAAGUUCUAAUCCUAGUUUGAAGCUGGAACUACAUACUUGCCUAAUAUUGGAAGGAUAAAAGAAACCUAUCUUCAGUUCCUCCCCAGUGCUUUACCAUGACUUG